AUGGCACUCGGUAGUAGUCCCUCGAUGGCUGGGGUAACUUCGUCUUCGAUGUCGUCUUGGUCGCUGUCGAUGGGAUUGCGACGACAAGAAAAAGAUUUCCGCGUUUGUUGUUUGGAACAAGGCCGACUUGACCAUAGCACCAGUAUCUAUCUAUGCCUUGACGUGGGUUGGUGGAAUGUUCGGUCGGAGGGCAACGAAGACGACGUGCACAGCGGUUCUGUUUACGUCAACCUUUCCGUCGCCAUUGUCGUAUGGGUUCCUUUUACAUUUACAGGUAGUAUCGCUGGAAAUGUUGAAAUGGCCGUGUCGGAGAUUCUUCAACGUUUCCGGGUGGAUGGAUAUCUCCGGAUCCCGCAAAAAGACCUUUGUUCAUGA